AUGGUCUUUGGAAUUCUCACAGCUGUGGCAGCUUGCCCAGCCAUCAUCGGAACAACAGAAGCCGUCAGACAAGGACAGCAACAAAAUGCUCGCGAAGAGCAUCGAGGCCGAAAAUCGAAUUUGACAAUCAACCUGCCAAAGAGGAACGCGUACAGCAAGCAAUUUGAUGGUGCGAUGGUUGUGUUGAAAGACAACAAGCUGUACAUCGACACGGAGCACAGCAGACUCGGUGCGAAUCUCGCCCACCCAUUUUCUGGUUAUUAUCUACCGGUCCCCUGGAUAGGAGAGAAGUGGAAGAAACAAGGCUUCAAAAAUGGCGAAGGGAUGGUCACUACUAUCAGCGACGAUCCGCCAUUUCUGAACUGGGUGUACCUAGAUCGGAAUACGCAUGAGGUCAAAUACGGCAUACGUGUCGAAGCGGAGCCGCAUCAUGUCGGACCUUGGGACUGCACUCCCAUCGACCGAAGACUCACAUUUGAAGGCUGGGAAGGCUUCAUCAUCGUCCAGGAAGACGAAGACAGCGAUUUAUGGGCGUUGUACUUCGACCGUGAUGAUGACGGUUUGCGGAGCGAAGGAAGAGUAGGCACCCGAGACAAACGAAUGCUAGAAGUUGAAGUUUCGAGGAAGGAGAUGCGGAGAACAAAAUUGACUUCGGACGAGGAGAGAAUUGACCGCAUACGAGACCAAAUGGAGAAAGAGAAGGAACAAGCACAG